AGCGCUCAAAUCAAUGUUUUGAAAUUUUCCUGCUAGUGUCCUGGAGGUUGCCCAACGGCAAAGGCAAUCAAACUACAUUUAAUUACAUUAACGAACUAUGGACUAUUAAAGCGACAUAAGAAGACAUACUUGAUACAGUUUUUUUUUGUUGAGAAAAAUGCGUUCAAACUUGGGGUGGUGGUCACUUUCAAAACAAUGAUUGACAUGAAAUGAUAGCUUGGUCGGUCAGUUACAGUGACAGCGACUAUGUGUUCCAUGACCAGUCUGCAAUCGUGGCUCAGUCCUCUGAUUCGGGGAAGUAAAUGUAAUCAAGUCUGGAGCCUUUUCACCUGCAAACCUAGAGGAUUGAUCUACCUAACGGAUGCACGUCGUUUCACAAUAGUAAAGGACCCUUCCAGCUCCACUGUGGAAUUCAACUCUCAUAAUAAGAAAUACAGAAGUCUGGAGAGGUCUUUCAAGAGAAGGUUAAGGGCCAUAUACCAGAGGUUCUCCGGAUGCCCAGACAAUACAACGAUCCAGGGGCGUAACCACGUGUACUUCAUGGAGGGGGAUGGCAUCUAUAGAAUGGACACCAGGCAGGGUGACCCAGAGCCAGAAAAGGUGUUGUGUCUGGACUCCGUGGGGAAGGGAGAUUGGAGCCUCCAGAGGUUGCGUCUCUCCCCCAGUGAGCAUGCCCUGGCAGCCACAGUGAAGACCCCCCACAGAGAGGAGGCCAGGUGUGUCCUGGUCAAGCUAGGAGACAGAGAACCUACCCUGGACACACCUCAACCUCUACUCACCAUUGACAAGGUUUUCAGCGUCGAGUGGGCUACAGAUGACAUCCUAUUCUACAGCAGUCAGCAGAAACUCCAGUGUCACCAUGUGUUCCGUCUGGACCUGACUGCCACUGGGACCAGAAGCGCCCUGGUGUACCAGGAACAGCAGCCUGAUGUGUUUGUUGAGGUGAGUCUCUCCAGAGACAGGAGGCUGGUGCUUGUUAACUGCAGCAGUAAGAGGAGCUCUGAGGUGUGGCUGAUUGACAGCGCCAAGCCCCUUAUGGAGCCCACCCUGGUCCAGGCCCGCCUCCCUGAGCUGCUGUACCAUGUAGAGCACUCCCACGGCCAGCUGUACAUCCUGGCCAACACUGGACCUGGACAAGAGUACCAGGUGUUGAGGGCACCUCUCUCAUCCCCCUCCAUUAAACACUGGGUCCCAGUGUGUAGCCCUGGUCCUGGGACAGCUGUGAAGGACAUGGAGGUGCUCCAGGACCACUGUGUGUUGGCCACCAGGGAUCCCUUAGGCCUGCUAGCACUCCAGGUGUUCCCACUAUCUCAGCCAGCAACCACAUCCACCCUGCAGCUGCCACCGUGGGCCUGUGCCAUAGAGACCAAGAGGGCUGGGCUAACAGACAGUGGCUGGUUGGAGUUCCUCCUGUCGUCUCCAGUCCACCCCCCUGUCCUGUACCGCUACUCCCCCAGGGAGUACAGGCUCCUCUUACAGGAGGACACAGAGGAACACAGAACCCCCCAGGAGUAUCAAACCACCCGACUAGAGGCCCCCAGCCAGGACGGUACCAUGGUGCCACUGACUCUCUUCCACAUACCUAAGUUGGAGGACCUGAGGGGUGCUCCAUUGCUGGUGCAUGUGUAUGGGGCCUAUGGCAUGGACCUUAACAUGGACUUCAGCCCAGACAGAAGACUGCUGCUUGAGGAUGGCUGGGCUCUGGCCUACUGCCAUGUCAGGGGUGGAGGUGAGCGUGGCCUGGGCUGGCAUAGACAGGGUCGUAUGGAGGGCAAACUGAGAGGAGUGGAGGACCUGGCUGCCUGUAUCCACAGGCUCUAUGACCUGGGGGUGUCGAGACCGUCUCUGACCGCCCUCACCGCUCGCAGCGCCGGGGCCGUACUGGUGGGGGCGCUCUGCAACCUACACCCCCAACUCAUACGAGCUGUCACACUACAGGCACCUUUCCUUGAUGUGCUGGGCACUAUGCAGGAGCCCAGUCUGCCCCUGACGCUGGAGGAGAGGGGGGAAUGGGGGGAUCCCAUGUCAGACCCCUGCCAAAGGGACACUAUCGCCUCCUACUGCCCCUGUCAUAACAUUACACCUCAGCACUACCCCUCCAUGCUGCUCACAGCCUACAUAGAAGACAACAGAGUGCCUGUAGCCGGAGUACACAAGUACGAGGAGAGACUUCAGGAAGCAAUUCACACACACCUCAAUGGCCACCCUGUAUCUGAAUCUGAGUCCACACCCAGUGUCAUUCUGGACCUUCAACCGGGAGCAGACCACUUUGGCCCAGGGGACUUUGAACUGUCUCUGACUGAGAGUGCUCGACAGCUGGCCUUUCUCCACACAGAGCUGGGCCUGAACCAGCAGAAGACCCACAACAGGCGGAAGUAGAAGGAAGUGUGGAGGAGAACUCAUCAGAGCCAUAUAGAGAUACAUGUGUGGUGGACCCCCGGGGGGUUGAGUAAAAUAAAAUAAACAGUUUGGGGGUACGAACUCAAAAUAUAAAGACAACAAUUUAUAUUUCUUUUUUUACUGAGUUACAGUUCAUAUAAGGAAAUUUGU